AAAUCAUUUCCUGAAAACUUAGCACAGAAAUGUAACCUACAGCAGGAAGCGAGAUGAUCUUCUGGAAAUCUUUGCUUUUGUUGCACUCUGAAGAUUCUUUGCUGCAGGCAAGAGAGUUUUGGGUGCUGCUAAAAUUUCGGAGAUCUGGGAAAAUGGGGUAAUAACAUGACACCAGCUCUUAAGCAGCAACAUCUGCUGUGGUUCAAAGCCACACAAAGAAAGCUGCUUAAGCAGUUGAAUAUUUUGGACUGCACGGACAAGUGUGGUUCAACUGCAAAGACUGCAGAGUAGAGGAAACUUAAAGUUAAGAGAAGUUGUUAAAAAAUGGAGUCGUGGAAGAUGAGCAUCUUUAAGAGACAGACAUCACCUUGUCCUCCAAGCUAUCGAAGAUCUUUGUCAGAACCUGCUUAUGCAAAAUCAGAGAUAGGAAUAAGCUUAAAGAGUUAUCCAUGGCGUGGUCCAGUGAAAAUCAAGAGGAAGAAAAAUGAACAUGCUGUUUCCAGUCUAGGAAAGCCACUGGGUGCUUAUCGGUGGCAAACACAUCCCAGCUGUAGGUGGAAAGGGGGCAAAAGGGAGAGGUUACAGACUAAUAAAAGAGACUUGGAUGAACGGCAACAAAAGGUCCUGCCAGAGAUGGUUGGUAGUAAUGCUUCUUCCUCUGCUAUUGAGGUCCUUGGAGCACCAACAGAGAAGCUGAACCUGGUCAACACCCGGUCACUUCGGGUUCCAUUCACCAGAUCUAUUUCAGAGCCAGAACCUCGCUGCAGUAUCAGAUUUGUUAGAUCAUGGCCGACUACAGGAAGGUCAGAGGAGUCUGAACAGCAGGGAUAUUUCAUCCGUGGCAUUUUCUCUACUCUUUCCAAUGGCUUCUCCAGGAUGCUGAGUCUGAAAGGAGAAUCAACCAAUGAGCCAGUAAGAGAAGAUGUGAAGGGGCCACCUACCCAUCGUCUGUCUUGUGGACAGUCGCCCUACACAGAGACGACAACAUGGGAGCGGAAGUAUUGCAUCCUCACCGACAGCCAGUUGGUGUUGCUCAACAAGGAGAAGGAGAUACCUGUGGAGGGAGGACAGGAGCAGCAGACAGAUUCCACCAAAGGGCGAUGCCUGAGGAGAACCGUCAGUGUCCCUUCCGAGGGCCAGUUUCCUGAGUACCCACCAGAGGGCGCCACCAAACUGGAGGUGCCGGCAGAAAGGUCCCCACGCAGACGGAGUAUCUCAGGGACCAGUACAUCAGAGAAACCCAACUCCAUGGACACUGUAAAUACCUCACCCUUCAAAGUACCAGGGUUCUUCAGCAAGCGCCUGAAAGGCUCCAUCAAGAGGACCAAAAGCCAAUCAAAGCUUGACAGAAACACGAGCUUUCGGCUACCAUCCCUUCGUAAUGCAGAUGACAGGACUCGCGGUCUGCCUAAACUAAAAGAGUCACGUUCCCAUGAGUCAUUGCUGAGCCCUUGUAGUGCAGUGGAAUGUCUGGAUCUUGGCAGAGGAGAGCCUGUGUCAGUGAAGCCACUCCAUAGCAGCAUCCUUGGACAAGACUUCUGCUUUGAGGUUACGUACUUAAGUGGAAGUAAAUGCUUCAGCUGUAACUCUGCUUCAGAGAGAGAUAAGUGGAUGGAGAACCUUCGUAGGACAGUUCAACCAAAUAAGGACAAUUGCAGACGAGCUGAAAACGUUCUUCGUUUAUGGAUCAUUGAAGCCAAGGACCUUGCCCCCAAAAAGAAAUAUUUCUGUGAACUGUGCCUUGAUGAUACCCUCUUUGCUCGUACAACCAGCAAGACCAAAGCAGAUAAUAUUUUCUGGGGUGAACAUUUUGAAUUUUACAGCCUUCCACCUCUUCAUAGCAUCACAGUUCACAUUUAUAAAGAUGUGGAAAAAAAGAAAAAAAAAGACAAGAAUAAUUAUGUAGGGCUAGUCAACAUUCCCACUGCCAGUGUGACUGGGCGCCAAUUUGUAGAAAAGUGGUAUCCAGUGAGUACCCCUACACCCAACAAAGGAAAGACCGGAGGACCUUCUAUUCGGAUUAAAUCACGUUUCCAAACUAUCACCAUUCUGCCUAUGGAGCAAUACAAAGAAUUUGCAGAAUUUGUCACCAGCAACUAUACCAUGCUGUGUUCUGUCCUUGAACCAGUAAUUAGUGUGAGAAAUAAAGAGGAGUUGGCCUGUGCCCUAGUGCACAUUCUUCAAAGUACUGGCAGAGCCAAGGAUUUUCUGACCGACUUGGUGAUGUCUGAGGUGGAUCGCUGUGGAGAGCAUGACGUCUUGAUCUUCAGAGAGAACACCAUUGCUACCAAAUCCAUUGAGGAAUACCUCAAGUUGGUGGGACAACAGUAUCUUCAUGACGCAUUGGGGGAGUUCAUCAAAGCUUUGUACGAGUCAGAUGAGAACUGUGAAGUGGAUCCCAGCAAGUGUUCCUCUAGUGAACUGAUAGACCAUCAGAGCAACCUGAAGAUGUGCUGUGAGCUGGCUUUCUGCAAGAUCAUCAACUCUUACUGUGUUUUCCCUCGUGAGUUGAAAGAAGUGUUUGCAUCGUGGAAGCAGCAGUGCCUGAACCGUGGCAAACAGGACAUCAGCGAGCGGCUCAUCAGUGCCUCAUUGUUUCUCCGUUUCCUGUGCCCUGCCAUCAUGUCUCCCAGUCUCUUCAACCUUAUGCAAGAGUACCCUGAUGACCGUACAUCUCGCACCCUGACUCUGAUUGCCAAGGUCAUUCAGAACCUGGCUAACUUUGCCAAGUUUGGUAACAAAGAAGAAUAUAUGGCAUUCAUGAAUGAUUUUUUAGAACAUGAAUGGGGUGGAAUGAAGCGCUUUCUUUUGGAAAUCUCUAAUCCGGACACCAUCUCAAACACCCCAGGCUUUGAUGGUUACAUUGAUCUGGGCCGAGAGCUUUCAGUCUUGCAUUCCUUACUAUGGGAAGUAGUUUCCCAGCUUGAUAAGGGUGAAAAUUCCUUCCUACAGGCGACCGUGGCAAAAUUGGGACCGCUCCCUCGAGUUCUUGCUGAUAUUACCAAGUCUCUAACUAAUCCUACACCAAUACAACAGCAGCUGAGACGCUUCACUGAGCAUAACUCCAGUCCAAAUGUCAGUGGAAGCCUCUCCUCUGGGCUGCAGAAAAUAUUUGAAGACCCCACUGACAGUGAUUUGCAUAAACUAAAAUCUCCAAGCCAGGACAACACAGAUGGCUAUUUCAGAGGGAAAACGUUAUUGCUGGUUCAGCAGGCCUCCUCCCAGAGCAUGACCUAUUCUGAAAAGGAUGAAAAGGAAAGUAGCCUUCCUAACGGUCGGAGCAUCUCCCUCAUGGACCUUCAAGACACUCACGCUGCUCAAGUAGAGCAUGCAUCUAUCAUGCUCGAUGUGCCUAUGCGCUUAACUGGAAGCCAGCUUUCCAUAACCCAGGUGGCCAGUAUCAAACAACUGCGGGAAACCCAGAGCACUCCCCAGAGUGCUCCCCAAGUGCGAAGGCCCUUGCACCCAGCCUUGAACCAGCCAGGCAGCCUCCAGCCCCUGUCAUUCCAGAACCCUGUCUAUCACCUCAAUAACCCAAUCCCAGCAAUGCCAAAGGCCUCUGUGGAUUCUAGUUUGGAGAAUCUAAGCACUGCCAGUUCCAGAAGCCAAAGUAACAGUGAAGAUUUCAAACUCAGUGGGCCCAGCAAUAGCAGCAUGGAAGAUUUCACUAAACGUAGCACGCAGAGCGAGGAUUUCUCCAGGCGGCACACUGUACCAGACAGACACAUACCUCUUGCUCUGCCGCGGCAGAAUAGUACCGGGCAGGCCCAGAUCCGGAAAAUGGACCAGGCUGGGUUAGGUGCCCGAGCCAAAGCCCCGCCGUCCUUGCCACACAGUGCUUCCUUACGUAGCACGGGGAGCAUGUCGGUGGCCUCUGCGGCCCUGGUGGCUGAACCUGUGCAGAAUGGGAGCCGGUCCCGGCAGCAGUCCUCUUCCUCCAGAGAGAGCCCCGUUCCCAAAGUGAGAGCGAUCCAGAGACAACAGACACAGCAGGUGCAGUCACCUGUGGACUCUGCCACCAUGUCCCCAGUAGAGAGGACAGCAGCCUGGGUGUUGAACAAUGGACAGUAUGAAGAGGAUGUGGAAGAGACUGAGCAAAAUCCAGAUGAAUCCAAGCAUGCUGAGAAGUAUGAGCAGGAAAUUACUAAACUGAAGGAGCGCCUGAGAGUGUCCAGCCGGCGCCUUGAGGAAUAUGAGCGUCGCUUGCUGGUGCAGGAGCAGCAGAUGCAGAAGCUGCUGCUGGAAUACAAGGCCAGGCUGGAGGACAGCGAGGAGCGCCUGCGCAGGCAGCAGGAGGAGAAGGACAGCCAGAUGAAAAGCAUCAUCAGCAGGCUGAUGGCUGUGGAAGAGGAACUGAAGAAGGAUCAUGCUGAGAUGCAAGCAGUUAUUGAUGCAAAGCAAAAAAUAAUCGAUGCACAGGUCAUAAAUGGAGAUGAGAUUAUUCAAACAGGAAAAACGAAUCGUGUCCCUGGAUUCGGCCAACACCAGACUGAUGAGCGCACUGACCCAAGUGAAGGAGCGGUACAGCAUGCAGGUCCGCAAUGGCAUCUCCCCCACCAACCCCACCAAGCUUUCCAUCACGGAGAAUGGUGAAUUCAAAAACAGCAGCUGCUGACGGGCCCUGUGAACACACAGACUGUGGGAAGAGACAGAAGGAAACGUCCCCAUUCUCCUGUCUGCAGCCCUCUCCCCAACCCCACCAGGUUUACAGAACUUGGCUACUUCAGAACAGCAGAGUGGCGAGAAAGUCUCGAAUGAAGAAAGGAACCUUGUCUUUCAGGGCAUAAGGCUAAGACUUCUAAGGUCAAUGCUUCCCCCCACCCCCCAUGUCUCUAUGUACAUAGGGAACUUAGUUCUGGGCCAUGUACAGAAAAUACCACUGUAAUAUACCAAAAGGAAGUUAAUAAUGUAGAUUACCUUUUUAAUUAUUACUAUUUUUAUUAUCGUUUUCCUCUUGUUAAAGCACUGCAGUUGUUAGAGGAGGAAAAGGUAGGAAGAAUGUGUGAGUGAGAAGUGAGCCCAGGGGCUCAGUAGGUCGAGGCCACAUGUCUAUCUGAUAGAAGCACAUGGAGUGCAAUAGGACAUCGUCAGAAUGAAUUUUUCAGGGAUUCAUCUGCCAGUCUAAAAACCCCGCUCUGGCCCCCUUGCCCUUUAGGAGAACAUGCAGACACCAAGAACCAAACAAAACAUUUGAUCCCAUUGAUCAGCCAAGACUGGUUCUGAAUGGACAGCUAAUCUGAUUUGAGGAUACACUGUUUCAGAAGACACAGAUAAGAGCUGGUGCAUCAAAACUGGACUCUAGGAGUGGUUUCUAUUGAACUCCUGUUAAUGUUUAUUUCCUUCUGUCUAGAGCAGAUGGGAAUUGCCCAUUUUAGGUAGGGGGCUUUUUUUUAACCCCAGUUGUAAUAAAGGGUGUUCUUUUUCCUCUUUAGAGUUUACAGAACUAUAAAUAUUUGUGUCUCUGCAUACCAUCUUCAUCUUCACACACCCGCUGCCCUUUCCUCCCCCAUGGUGGGAGCAGUCUUCACCAACAGGGUUUUACUCUCCCCUGGAGAGGUUGUCCAAAUAUGCUGUCCAUAAGCCAUCCAAAAUAAACACCCUUUCUUCCACAUAGAAAAGGGCUAAUCAUACCAUAGCAGGAAUCUCUGAAUAUUUCCUAUUUACAAAAAAAAACCAAAAAACAAACAAAAAAAACUUUUCUAUUUGUAACUUCUAAUUUUUGUUUGGGAUAAAGAUUUCAUCCAUUGUACUAGCAAAUCUCUGGGCAGGGUACUUUUAUCUCAGUCUUUAGCUUUUAAAUGGCUUCUUCUCCUAAUUCCCUCACAAAAAUUUGGAAAGGAAAUCCAGAUCUGAAGAAGCAUGGCUCUCUCAAAAGUCAUGAUUACUCUUCCAAAAAAAGAAAACUGAAAGUGCAGGGGCCAUGCAUUCCAGUUGUUACUCCCAUGCUCUUCGUAGAUUUGGCAAUAAUGACUCAGUUUCACCAACUGUCAUCUUUGGCUUUAUUGUAGGACAGAAACAGUUGUGGAAGCUAAUUUACUUCCUUUAUUCCAGAGGUGUGAAAUGUCAUCUUGAAAGCAAACUUGAUUAUCAGAAAUAUAGAAUGUUACGUGUUAAAACAGACAUUAUAUAUACAAAUAUAUAUACAUAUAUACUCACACAUAUGUACAUACAACUGCACAAAUAGGAAAAGUUCAUGCCUUCUCUGCUGUCAGAUAUAAUGUUAAAAGGGUUUUGAAUCUCUUUAAGCAAGAUCUAAGCAGUUCUUUGUCCUGAGAAAGCAACAUUUCUCAAAUGAGUUAAUGGUGUUUAUUUUAAAUUAUAAACUUUAAGGAAAUUCAGAAAAAAAAAAAAAAAAAAAAGGAAAGGAAAGGAAAAAGGGAGAGGAGGAAAAAGAAAAAGACCUAAGGGAGCCCUAAACAUAGAGUGAGUGUUUCUACAUAAUAGAAUAUUGUAAGGAAACGAGAACAUUGAUCCUGUCCUCCUUGGGUGAAGCCCAGACUUGGCAUCUGUGUGAACAGCCUCUCUUUCAUGGCGCCUGGACCUCUUGAGUGCUGCCCCCUCUCGGGUGGAUCUCUGUAUUGGACUCUGCAUCAUACAAGCUCCCAACGGCCCCCAACCCACAACCUUUUGAAACACUUCCUACAUAAUCUUCUCGUUCUGCCAGUCAGAGAUGUGAAACAGGCUGCUCAUCGUGCUUACCUGGUUUUUGUGCCCUCCUAUUUUGGCACUUGGUUAUUUUCUUGGCCCUUUGUGGUGGUUUUACAAAUUCUUACCUCUUCCCUCUAAGCUUAGGGCACAUCAUGGUCAAGAUCACUUACUUUAAUAGGAAAACCACCCUACAAAUGCUAAAGUUGCGUCCUUUGUUGGCCUGGGAGUAUAAACAUAGAUGGCCUCCUUUAGAGCGAUUCCCAGCUCCAGCCACCUUUAAUCCAUUCUCUGCAAAAGCCUUCCAUUGUGCAGUAGAAGCCUGGUAAAACAGUUGGUUUCGGCGGCCUUAAAAGUAUGUAACUUGGCUGAUGUCCUCCAUUCAGGUUUGGAAGCUCUGAAGUUAUGGUUAUGGGUUACAGAGGCCUGAUAAGCUUACCUAUACUGGGAGGUUGGGGGAGACACAAAAAUAUCAAAUGUGCUUUUGAUGGCUGCAUAGAUCUUGUUGACAUUGUGGGAGCUCUUUAGAGGGCUGCCUUCUUUGGAAGACUGAAUGCCCAAAAUGUUUGGAAACAUUAUGUUAAUCUUGAAUGCAGAGAAAAGAGUAAGAAAAUCAAGUUAGAAGUAAGCUAGAAGUUCAGAUUUGUUGACAUAUAUUAGAUUAUCCUUUGAGCCUUGUUCCUAUCCAAAUAUUUUUCUGAGUAUUUCUUUAGAGAAGCUGCAAUCUAUACAACUUAUUCUGAAAGAUUUUUUUAAGUGUGGAAGACUGCAGCAAACAGCUGAUCAUUUUUAUGGAGGUAUUGCUUAAUUUGGCUUCUCUUCAGCCCAAAUAACUACAUAGGGUAUGUUCUGUGGAGCAGAGGGCAUAAUGGAAGAAAGGCAGGUGGAUUAAGAUAGCCAUGGCUUGGACUCUCCCUUCCACCCACAUAUCACCAUACUGCAGGCUGCAGCCUGGACCGCAAUCAAACAGAAUUUGGGGUUCAGGGGUAGUGCUUGUCAAGUGCUUGUCUAAGCUGAUGGCCAGACUUAGCUGUUAACAAAGACAAUGUGGAUGGGAUCUAGGAAUUAAGGAAAGAGCUUUCAUUCUCGCUUUUUGUAUCACUGAGCAACAGGCUUUCUGGGCCAAAGCAGCAGAAAGAGUGACAUUUCCAUCAGGUCCUCAUGUUCCCAGAGUCUCUAUAGUAUAUACAGUGUAGGAGAUGACACAUAGUAACUAAAACAAGCCCUUGAGCAUCUCCCAUGUUCCAGGUGCUCUCACCAAGGUGCCAUCGGAGUCCAGGGUGGCCUGUCCAUAAGGAGAAUGUGAUAGACUGGGCUCAUUGUGCUCUUAGAACUUCUUGUGUUCACUCAGUAUCAAGUUGGUCACAGGUCGCUUUCUCUGGUCUGCUGCCACCUUUCCCUAUGAUGGUGUUGGACAGUGAAAGAAAAAGCAGGAGUGUCUGUCUCUGACUGCUGUAUGACCUUGAGAAUUAGCUGGACUUUAAAGCUUUCCAGAUCUUAUUCGACCUCAGCCUUCGUUUAUGGAUCUGUGGUUCUUCUGGCUCCAAGCUCUGACUAUGUCCUCAGAGGUAGAAAGCAGUUCUUUUUCAGAAACCACAGAGCAAGACAGUAGCCAUCAAGUGAGUUUGCAUUAGUAUUUGCUUUGACUUCUACCUUGAUUAAAUUCUAGUUAUCUCCAGUUCGGAGUUCCUGAGAAGGCUGGUUGUGGGACAACUUGAGGAAGGAAUCCUCUUUGGGAUACCUUUAGUCGCAUGUGACCUUGAGCUGAGUCUGGACACCAGACUAGACUUAUUGCUGAGCCUGGCCCAGCAGCUCCUGAGUCCGUGCCACUGCUUCAGUGUAUUGUCAAUGACCCCCAUGGGGGCCACCUUCUCCUGCAGAUUGUGGAAACCUUUAAAAGGGUCUUCUCCAUUCCCCCUCCCCUUCUCAAGUCAUGUGUGAAAUCUGCUGCUUGCCCCAACAGUAAAUAGUUGCCUUCCCACCCUCUACCUGAGGGCCAAGAAUUUGGGAUACUUUGUUUCUAUCAAUGUGUCAAUUGGAAGAACCUAUUUUACUAGUCUUACAAAAGCGAGAUGUGUUGGUGUGUCGAAUUUUUAAUUAGAACCCCUUUCCAUGUUCCAGUGAUUGUUAUUAGUUCUAGAAGCAUUAUCUUAUUGUCGUGACCCAGUUAUGAAUUCCCUUGAGGUUAGGAAGGACAAAAGUGAUGAAAUUUGCAUGAGACAGAAUACCUUAUGAAGAUUGAAAGAACGUGAGGAAGAUACAUGAUCCAAACAGGGACUAAUGCACAGCAGCCUUCUCAAUAGCCCAAAGGUUCAAGGAAAUGGGAUUUAUAUCGUUUGUCAGAUCUUAAAAUACAUAGAUUAGUGGAAAGGUAGUCUCUGUAGACAACACAUGUGCACCCACAUAAAACACAAUUCCUAGGGCCUCCUUUUUCUGAAUGCUAAUCCAUCUUGCAGAACAGUGAUUUCCAGACUUUCUUGAGCUUUUUAGAUUUUAUGCUCUUACUUGUUAGAUGUUAUGACCAUGGUCUGUUCCUCUUUAAAAUGUACCAUAUGUGUUAUAUGUUAUAUGUAUAUAUAAGUUAAAGUGACUUGAAAUUGAUUUGGUCUGACAUUGUCUCAAGAAUCCUAGAUAGGAUCACUGAUGCCAUGCGGGUCAUAGAAAGAAAGCUGAAUGUCACUGAUCUGAGAGUAGGAUCCAGAAAGAAGGAGCUUUGGUUCCUGGGCAGUUAAUCCUCAGGUGUUUGAGUAAGCAAGCUGGCAAGACUUGGCAAACACAGCAAGCCACCCCAGGAAAGCAAAGUGGCCGUUUUGCCUGUGUCUCAGCCUGCAUUUUUCAUUUCCUACUCCUGUCUCAUUUUUCCUUCAAAUGCCCUCCUUUUUCACUAGGAAAUGUUUUAGUUUGGGACCUAAAACCAGAUUUAUCUGUUGUUGUAAAAGAUUUCCAAGGAAGCUGUGGUUUAGGGGCCUCCAUCCUCUGUGGGAGGGGGUUCAAAUGUUCAUGUAUAAAUACUGUAUUUUUGUCAUUUUUAAACUCCCAAGGGAGAAAUUUCAGUUCCCAGUUCACCAAAAGGUUAAAUACUAAUUGACUCAAUAACCACUAUCCUGCAGAAAAGUGGAAAUAAUUAGUAAAGGUUAAAUUUUGACUGGUGCUUAGAUAUUUCUUAGUUACAUUAAAAUUAACCCAGGCGGACAGCAGCACACUAACCUAAAUCACACCUGUGAGGAAUUUACCUGCUAAAUUUGAUUUUGUUUUUCAUCUCCAGGGCCUUAAUAAGAAUGUGUUAACACACAUGACUAUUUUACAAUAAUAGCUCUAAAUAAUUUAUUUUUUAUUUCAAGAAAGAGAAAUACACCUUAGAAAAACAAAACCCAAGAUUUUAUUUUAUUUUUAAAGCCAUAUUUUUGUGCUGGUAGCACUUAGAUUGUUCCGUAUGUGAGAUCCAUAUCUGCAUUUCAUUACCUGGGUUUGUUCUAAAGAAGAUUUAUUUUUGUUCUGUGAAUAAUUUUUGAUGGUUCUUGUACAUGUACAGAUAUAGAUACGUUUGAGGUCUUUUAUUGAUAUUCCUACAAAGAAUACAAAUAAACUUUAACUUUAAACAUUUCA